CACACGGGGAAAUCGAAGAAAUGUGUUGUACAUUCAAAAUUAAUACUCUACAUACUCGUACAGUAAUUUGGUUACUCCAGCUCUGUGUUUUCCGCUGAUCCGCUAAACCGGAAACAGGAAGUGGACGGCUCAGUUCUGAUUUGACGGCAUUGAAGUUCCAGGCGCAUCAGCUACCGGGGCCAGUAUCAGGCUUUGCACCAAGAUGCAGAAAGCGGUUAUUUUAAUCGGAGGUCCGCAAAAAGGGACGAGGUUCAGGCCACUUUCAUUUGAAGUUCCCAAACCUUUGUUUCCAGUAGCAGGUGUACCUAUGCUGCAGCAUCACAUCGAGGCAUGUGCCAAGGUACCAAAUAUAAAGGAGAUCUUACUCAUUGGCUUUUACCAACCAAACGAGGAGCUGUCUAGAUUCCUAUUAACUGCACAACAGGAAUUCAAAAUCUCCAUUAGGUAUUUGCAGGAGUAUGCCGCCUUGGGCACUGGAGGAGGCAUCUAUCACUUCAGAGAUCAGAUUCUCUCUGGCAGCCCUGAGGCCUUCUUUGUUUUGAAUGCCGAUGUCUGCUCAGAGUUUCCUUUACCAGAGAUGAUCAGCUUCCAGCGGGAACAUGGAGACCCAAGCAGCUUUGUUAUCUUGGGGACAACCGCAAACAGAAAGCAGUCAAUGAAUUAUGGAUGUAUUGUUGAGAACCAGCAAACAAAUGAGGUUUUACAUUAUGUGGAGAAGCCAAGCACGUUUGUGAGCGACAUUAUCAACUGCGGCAUAUACCUAUUUACCCCGGCCAUCUUCCAACACAUCGGAGAAGUCUUCCAGAAGAAUCAACAGGACAUGUUGUUAGAGGAGCCAACCAACGGCUGGCAGCGGGCUGAGGCCAUCCGGCUGGAGCAGGACAUCUUCACUGACCUGGCAGGACAGGGCAAGCUCUACGUAUAUAAAACCCUCAGCUUCUGGAGUCAGAUCAAAUCAGCAGGGUCUGCCAUUUAUGCCAGUCGAUUGUAUCUCAACCAGUACCAUAAAACCCACCCGGAAAGACUGGCCUCAAAUGAAGACGGGGGCCCCAAAAUAAGUGGUAAUGUUUACAUCCAUCCUACUGCCAACAUUGACCCCACCGCUGUGUUGGGUCCCAAUGUCUCCAUUGGUACUGGAGUGACCAUUGGGGCGGGGGUGAGAGUCCGAGAGUCCAUCAUCCUACAUGGCGCAACGCUUCAGGAUCACAGCUGUGUUUUGAACUGCAUUGUGGGAUGGGACAGCACCAUCGGUAAAUGGGCAAGAGUAGAGGGAACACCGAGUGACCCCAACCCCAAUGACCCCUAUGCAAAGAUUGACAGCGAGACCCUCUUCAGAGAUGGGAAACUCACGCCGUCAAUCACUAUUCUUGGUUGUAAUGUGACCAUCCCCUCCGAGGUUAUAAUUCUCAACUCCAUUGUCCUCCCGCACAAAGACCUCAACCGCAGCUUCAAAAACCAAAUUAUUCUCUAGUUUAUCUUCUGCAAGAGCUGUUCACAUAGUGUCACAAAUGAUGGAUGCAGCCUGAGCAGUGUUGGCACUGCCUGAGUUACUGUAUAUAAGAUGUCACGAGAGAGGAAAGGGACAUUUUGCACUUCUGAAGGAUACAUUUUGUAUUCGUGCAUAAUACAUCCUCCACUGUCAGCAAAACUGGACGUUUUCAGAGGGGCUAAUCAUGCACAUUGAGUCACCUUGAAAACUGCCAUUACCCAGAACUUCAUAUUGAAUUUUACUGAACUAUUCAUUUGCUCUACAUACUGAUGUAAUGCAUUUGAUUGAAUUUGAAAUGGUUGAGGGGAAAAAAGAGCCAUAUUUUUAAGGGUAUCUUUUUGUUUUGGGAUUUAUUGCUUGAAACAAGUAGCUCUCUACCCAACAAUAAAAGUAAAUCUUA